AUGACGAAAUAUGCUUUGAUCACUGGCGCUUCCUCGGGCAUUGGCUACCAAAUGGCGAUUGCUCUCCACAAGCGGGGCUACUCUAUCAUUGGCGUGAGUCCCCAAAGGGAUCUUUGGGGAAUGAAGCCUCUAGAGAAGGAGAUUGGUCUUGUGCCUUUGGCGUUGGACAUUACCAAGCCCAAAGACGUUGAGGCAGCUGCUGAAAAAGUUAGACAAAUCACUGGUGGUAGAUUAGACAUUCUUUACAACAAUGCUGGUAUCAGUAACCUUGGCGGCCCAGCCAUUGAGUAUGACGACGAUAAGUUGCGGUUGCUUUUCGAUGUCAACGUUCUAGGCCACAUGUUUAUGACCAAAUAUUUCAGUGACAUGGUGAUCGAGGCCAAGGGCACGAUUGUGUUUACCAGUUCGGUGGCUGCAAGAGUGCCGCUCUCUUGGGUUUCCGCGUACUGUGCCACCAAAGCUGCAAUCGACCAGUAUGCAUUGGGAUUGAGGGCCGAGAUGAAGCCAUUUGGCGUCAAAGUGCACAGUGUGAUCACCGGAGGUGUCAACACUGCCAUUUGCGACCCCUUGUCGACGCCAACGUUGCUCAGCGAUCGUUACGAUGUCCCUGGCAUAUAUGAGAGCAUCCAUGCGUCAGCCAACAUGAGCAGAAACCCAAAAACCAGCAUCAGUGCAGAAAAGUACGCCAACCAAGUGGCGCUGCAAAUCACCAAGAAGAGAGACGUUGGGUUCAAUAUAUACCGCGGGUACAGGGCGUACUUUUUGCAUUUCGUACGUUUCUGGUGCCCAUUGUGGUUGUGCGAGAUAGGUAUCCAGAAUCAUUUUAAGCAGUACGCUGUGCUCAGGGCGAUUGCAAAAUUGGUGCGCCAAAAGGAUAGACAGAGAAAGUGA